AUGGUAUUGGGCGACGUAGUAAGUAAUCGCCCAGUCCUCAGCUUCUGGUAUCCAGUAGUUGGGGUUGUCGAGGAUAUUCCUCUUAUAAAGGAUGUAAUAUUCGGAGCAAGAACAACGAGCUUGGCCCACAUGUACGCAACACCCCUCGAGGACGAGUGGAGGGUGACCUUCUCGCUCAGGGAUCAGGUUCAAGAGAUCACUGAGGAGGAGGACGAAGUGGAUUUGGAGUGGUUGGCGGCGAAAGCCCAAAUCAUGUCCAACAUUCGUGCGGCGCAGCUUGGCGAGUUGGAGGACGACGAGGAGGUAUAA